UUUAUCUCUCUCGCGGUACGUCCAUUCUCCUUCGCUGCUAUUUCCUCGACAGAGCAUUUCUUCUUCCAAGACCAUGUUCAAAAAUCUCGCCUCUUCUUCUACUUUCCUCUCCAACUAGCUUCAGAUCCGCCAUCCUCAUUCCACUCUCCGGCGUAAGCAUUUUCUUCCAUUUCUGAUCCAUCCGCUUUCCUCCUUCUGCGAUUGCCCAGAAUAUUUGAGGUGAGCUUCAUUUGAAUUUUAGUACCAUCAAAGCAUCAACGAUGAAGAAGGUCUUUGGUCAGACUGUCAGGGAUAUCAAGAGAGAGGUUAAUAAGACAGUGCUUAAAGUUCCUCGAUUGGAGCAGAAGGUUCUUGAUGCUACUAGCAAUGAGCCUUGGGGCCCCCAUGGAACACUUCUUGCAGAGAUUGCUCAAGCAAGCAAAAAUUAUCAUGAGUGUCAGAUGAUCAUGGCAGUAAUUUGGAAGCGUGUUAAUGACUCUGGCAAAAAUUGGCGGCAUGUAUACAAGGGUUUAACUGUCUUGGAGUAUCUGGUGGCUCAUGGAUCCGAACGAGUAAUAGACGAAAUCAAGGAUCAUGCAUACCAAUUAUCAGGCUUGUCCAGCUUUCAAUAUAUUGAUUCUAGUGGAAGGGAUCAAGGAUCAAAUGUACGAAAGAAGUCGCAGAGUCUUGUGCUGCUAGUGAACGAUUCUGAAAGAAUCAGUGAGAUUAGGCAGAAGGCUAAUACUAACAGGGACAAGUUUCGAAGUGCAUCAUUAGCUGGUGGAGCAUAUAGGCCAAACUCCAAUGCUGGGGGGUAUGGAGACCGUUAUGAUGAUGAUUAUAAUGAGGGACGCUAUAGAAGCAGGGACGAAGAUAGGAAUAGCAAUGGUUAUGGAAGGGAAAGAGAAUAUGACUAUAGAGCUGAUGACCGUGGGAGGAAUUCUGACUCAAAUAUACGUGAUAGAGAUCAAUAUAGGAGAGAUGGUGAAGAACGCUAUGGAAAAGAUAGUCCCAGGGAUGGUGAUAGUUGGGGACGAAGAAGUGUUGAUGAUCACCGAUAUGGUUCAAGAAAGGAUCAAGAUAAUGAUCAUGAUGACAAUGCACGUGAUGGUAGUGGAAGAGGUGAUGACAGGUCUCCAGACGUGAGGCGGCAUGAUCAUAAAUUUUCAGAGCAAGACACUGGUGCACCUCCUAGUUAUGAAGAGGCAGUGAGCGAGUCUCAAAGCCCACCAGCUCAUAAUGAUAGGGACCAAGAAAUCUCAAACUCUGCUCCUGCUACUUCAUCUGCGCUUGUUACCAGUGCACCUAGCCAGUCAAGUCCCGUUCCUGGUACUCCAACAUCUGGAAACCAGUUAAUUGGGUCCUUUGAUGCAUUUGAUCCUCGCAGUUCAGUCACAGGUACUUCCCCCCUUUUUUCAGCUGCUCCAACUGUUCCACCAAACAAUACUGAGAUGGACUUACUUGGCUCACUGACGGAUUUUCCUUCAAACCCAUUGGCCAUUAUGCCAGUGGAGUCUGCAAACGUGACUGGAGCCUUCGAGCCUGAUUCCCACAUGAACUCUGGAGCAGGAACCUUGCACGCUACUAUGUCAGUAGCUAGUGUCAGUAAUCAGAGUUUUGAAGAUCCUUUUGGCGACACUCCUUUUAAAGCUAUGCUUUCUGAUGAUGGUGCCCCUCAAUUCCAUUCUUCUGCUAUGACAGAUUCUCUCCAGUCUUCCCUGCAUCAAAGCCUUGGUCAACCCCAACCUUCUUCCAUGACAGAUCCUCUCCAGUCUUCCCUACACCAAAACCUUGGACAAUCUCAUCCUUCUACUAUGACAGAUCCUUUCCAGUCUUCUCUGCACCAAGGCCUUGGACAAUCCCAAGGAGCUACACCGGAAACAAACCAAGUCUCUACUUCUGAAUUUAGUAAUGGAUUUUCUGCUUCAACUGGUGCAUCUGGCUUAUCCAGUUUGCAAGCACCAUCAGACCCACAGUUUCUUCCAGGGCCAUCCACUAUUCCAGAACCCGAGAUUGAUAUACUGGCAGAUAUUCUACCUCCUUCUGGACCUCCAUCUGGACCUCCAUCUAACACAGCAUCCCUGGCAACUUAUUCAUUCCCCAGCGACCAGCCUGCGUUGCCUACUCCCUUCUCAGAUCCUGCUCAACCUCAUCAAAAUUUUACAGCUUUAAGCAAUCAGCCUUCAAAACCAAAUGAUUGCUCCGUCCUUAAUUUGCAACCCCAACCAGGAACUACGGCACCUUUGUACUCAAAUAUGGCUUUCCCGCCUCAAAGUGCACCUACUGGACAGCUUGGAUAUGGUGCCCCACAGGGAGGAUCUACAGCACCUGCUGGUCAGUUAAGCUAUGGGCCCCCACAGGGAGGAUCUGCAGCACCUACUGGACAGUUUGGCUAUGGGAUGGCCCCACAGGGAGGAUCUACAGCACCCACUGGACAGCAUGGCUAUGGGGGUCCACAGGGGGGAUCUACGGAACCUACUGGACAGCAUGGCUAUGGGGGUCCACAGGGGGGAUCUACAGCACCCACUGGACAGCUUGGCUAUGGGGCCCCCCAGGGAGGAUCUACAGCUCCUUUCUAUCCACAGAUGGCUUCAACAAGCAGUUCAAAUCCGCAGGCUAAUGGUGGUGGAGGCUAUUUUAUAGAGAAUGUAGGAUCUGCUGCUUCUGUUACGACACAAAUUGCUCAGCAAAAUCCAAGUGGGCCAGCUGCUCCACUUGGCAGUGGAAACAUGCAGCAUCAUGGCGUUACAUCCCAGCCAUUAGCUUCACAUGGAGCUUAUCAGGUACAAAAUGGACAUGCUGCACAGCCAAGGAGUGAUGAUUUUCUGGGCAGCAUUCUUCCGCAAGCUGCACCCCCUCAAGUUCCGUUACAACAAGGUUUUCCAACCUUAACAGAUUCACUUUCAAUAGCAUCUCAACCGUCUAAGGGCAAAUUUGAGACGAAGUCAACAGUCUGGACUGACACUCUUAACAGAGGGCUAGUUGAUUUGAACAUAUCUGGCCCUAAAACAAAUCCAUUGGCAGACAUUGGAGUGGAUUUUGAUUCCAUAAAUCGGAAAGAGAAGAGGAUGGAAAAACCUACUACAACUGCAGUAACUUCUACUAUCACCAUGGGUAAAGCUAUGGGAUCUGGUUCUGGAAUGGGUCGUGCCGGUGCGGGUGCCCUCAGAGCUCCAUCUAACCCAAUGAUGGGUUCAGGUAUGGGUAUGAACAAUGUUGGCAUGGGAGGGCCUUACGGAGGAAUCAAUCAACCCAUGGGAAUGGGAAUGGGUAUGAGUAUGGGUAUGAACAAUGCUGGUAUGAAUCCGGGAAUGGGCAUGGGCAUGAACCCUGGGAUGGGAAUGAACCAGGGCAUGAACCCUGGGAUGGGAAUGGGAAUGAACCCGGGUAUGAACCCUGGGAUGGGAAUGAACCCGGGUAUGGGAAUGAACCCUGGCAUGGGAAUGAAUAUGGGUAUGGGACAAGGAAUGCAAUUCCGAUCACCAGGUGGAUAUCAGCUGGGAUCGAAUGCUUCGGGUAGUUAUAAUCCAAUGAUGAGUGGGUACGCCCCCCAACAAUCAUAUGGUGGUGGCUACCAAUAAUAAACCAAGUUGAAGAUUCACAAGUGUAGCACCAGUUUUACAUGAGAGUGUACCAGAUUGGGAUGGCCAACUUGAUGUGUUGCCAUUGGAAGUUCUUCUUCACAUUGGACAUUUGGUGAAGAGCAAAAAUGCUGCCAUUUCAUUCAUUUCUAUGAAAUCUGCUGGAUGCGAUGUUCAUUUGUUUGAUAUUCUUUGCAUGCUUUAACAUUUCUAGCGACAUACCCCGAGAGUUCUACAGGUGAGUUGCUUGCUGAUCGUAUUCUUAUCACAAUUUGUAUACAAACUGAACAUCGAUAAAUGAGAGGAUAUACCUCGAUUUUUAUUAGCAACA